CUAUUCGAUUCUUCAAAUGUAUUAGACAUGCAAACGAUAACCAGUGUGAAAGUGUUUUGUUUUUGUUUUCUUGGAAAGACACUGGUGUUAGGCAUACUGUUAUGCAGGUUAGACCCCCAUGGAAACUGUUAGGGUCCUUUUUAGUUUCUUAAGUUGCCUCACUUCAAUGUUGUGCAUAGUAAUAAUGGGGUGGUGAAUCAUUACGUAAUGUAUUAUUAUUUAUUCAUUCAUGUUGCUGUAUCUAUUAAUUUGAUUGAUGCUCUACAGUAUGUGUACACCGCUCCGAACAAUUUCCCACCUUGUUCGGUCGGCGCUGUUAUUUCCGACAGCACGUAAAGGCAACAUUGGUCCCUACUGUUUACCAUCGCCAUUCAGCUGCAGCUAGCUGGCUUUAGCAAACAGAUUUGUCACCGUUGUGGUUAUAAAGGCAGCUAUCAACUAGUGGACAGCGGAGGAUGGACGGAUGACUGGAACCAAGUUAGCAAUGACAUAGUAUUUUAUACGGAGGUCAUAUUAUCUAGCUAGAGUUAAGCUAGUCAGCUAACUUAGCACUCAUGGUCACUGAACCUUCCUUCCUGAACUUCGUUAUUGGCAACCAAUUCCCCUUUUAUUGAACCAAGUGUUAACCGUUUAAGUUUUGACCGUUUAAUCACUAGCUAUAGUUAAGUAGCUUGCUAAUUUGUGUUUGAGGAUGGACAAGUUUGUAGUGCGGCUUCCCAAGGGGGAAACACCUAUGAAACCGAAAAGCAACGAAAGGGUUUACAAACAAGCAACUAUUGAAUCUUUGCGGAGGGUGGUUGUGAUUGAGGACAUCAUGCGCUACAAGUCCAUCCUGGAGCUGCCAGGACAGAGCAAGGACAACCUGCUGACCGCCUUGACGGAGCUGAGCAAGAAGAUCCCAUCCAGGGAGGUGCUCAAGUCCACGAAAAUAGGUCACACGGUCAACAAAAUGCGGAAGCAUCUGGACCCUGAGGUGAGUUCAACGGCUGCAAAGGUUUACACUGACUGGAGGACAUUCAUUGAGGAGAAUUCCAAUAAGCCGGCUAUUGAAGUGCGCUCCGACAAACAAUCUGAAGGAAUCCGGAGCAACGCUAGAAGACUAAUGUCUGAGACCCUCGAGGUCAAGGAGGAUUGUGUUCUUAUAGACAACAUUGAGAGAGAAGUGUUUCACCAGAGCUCCCGGCGAGUCAGCAGUUCAUACAGACGAACAGUUCGAGCGCUGGUGUUUGCCUUCAAACACAACCCUGAUAUCCGAACUCAAGUGAAGGACAACACAGUAUCAGUCAACCAGCUGGUUUCUAAAUACAAGAAAUAACUGGUAUUGCAGACUUCUGGUUGUUUUACUUGAAAUCUGUCAUGGUUCUCUUGAUGCAGACAUUUUUCAUUUUUUAAUGUAUUUUUUUAAUUCUUUUUAAUUUUCUCUAUAGGAGGUAUAAAAUAUGUUUACACUUUGUGGCACAUUAGCAGCCUUACAAUUUUUUUUUUAUAAAUGCAUGUAUAAAUAAGUACUUUAUUGUUGGUGGUAAUGAUCAUGUCAUCCCUUUUGUACUGGAAUCAAUCAGUUUUUUUUUUGUUGAUGUGUUUUUAUACUGUUGGUGAACAUUUUUAUAAAAAUAUGAUUG